AUAAUCGAAGCGCAGGAAAACAUAAACGGGUACCGCGGAAGUAAAUAAAAGCGUCACAGAUGGGAUCCAGAAGUCGUUCGCGAAGCCGCAGGAAGACGAACAAGCGUAGAUCCAGCUCCCGCUCCAGUUCUUCCAGCAGUGGAAGUGGCAGUGGUAGUAGCAGCGACGGCAGUAGCCGCAGUAGCAACAGCAGCACCGGCAGUCGUACGAACAACGCAAACGGUAGACGAAGCCCCAGUCGGGAAGACAGAAAACGUUCUGCAAACCCCAACGAUAGAAAUAGUUUCCAGUCGGUUGCAAAAGCCGACAGGGAUAACAGAAGGCGUGAACCACCGGCAUCGAAAGACGCACACCGCGAUGAAAUUGGUGUGCAGUCCAGAAAACGACGCUCAGAAACUCCCGAGCGGUACAGGCGUGGAUCGUCCCGAUCGCCACGUCCGAGCAAGGAUGUGCAUCAAAGGCGACGUUCUCGUAGUCCCCGAGAGAAACGGAAUUCGUCCCGAGAUCGUUUGAGACGAAACGAUGGAGAAAUCAAUCGUGAUGGUGAGCCCAGGAGGAUGGGUAAUGCGAAUCCGUACGAUCGUGAGAAUAACCGUAGGCGACAGUCACGCAGUCCGCGGGACCGAAGGGCUAGCCCUCCUCCGGAACGUUCCCGUCGAUCUGCUGAGCGUGGCCACCGUGACGACGAUAGACGAAAUGAACGACCUUCCAACCGCUCAACGCAUCAGCGGAACGAAACGAGUCGUCAUCGUUCACGAAGCCCAAGGGAAGGAAGAUACCAGUCCCGUGAUCGGCACAACGAAAGAAGAGGAAAUCACUGGCACGAGGCAGAUCAGCAAAACAACGAACGACAUCAGCAUGGGGGACAUGGGGGGCAGCAGAACCGUUGGAAACACGACAUGUACGACGCGCAUGAAUCCGACCGUAACAUCGAUCGUAGUUACCGAAAAUCGAACCGAGAUACGAUGAAUGAAGACUUCAUGCAGUCACGGCGGUUACAGCGGGAAAUCAUUGGCACCGAAGGAGUCCCGGAAGCGUGGGCGGACUCUCCGUCCGAGGACAACAGCUCCGACGACGAACUGCAACAGGCAAGUUCGAAGCAUGGCAAAAAGGCCAAAGCUAAAUCCAAGUCGAAGAAAAAGUCCAGUAAGCAUCGUUCCAAGAAAGACAAAAAGAAGAAAAAGUCAUCUAAGAAGGCCAAGAAAUCCAAAGAUGGCAAAAAGAAGAAACGAAAAACUAAAAAAGUUAAAUCGUCUUCGUCCUCCUCGUCGUCGUCCGAUUCUUCCUCCUCGGGAGAGGAAGGGGAAGUAUGGAUUGAAAAAUCGGAAGCCAUGGCCAUGGCAGCUGCAGCUUCGUCGCAUCAUCCCGAUAGCUCGGAAAGGGCUCGUUCGGUGGACGAAAACGGAGACUCCGUUAUCGGUCCCGUCAAAACCAGUGGCAACUUGAACCAGAAAGAUUUCGGUCGCGCCCUGCUGCCCGGAGAGGGUGCCGCGAUGGCGGCCUACGUAACGGAAGGAAAACGUAUUCCCCGGCGUGGUGAAAUCGGGCUCACAUCGGAUGAAAUUGCCAACUUCGAGCAGGUCGGGUACGUCAUGAGUGGCAGCAGACAUCGACGCAUGGAAGCCGUCCGUAUUCGUAAGGAAAAUCAAAUCUACUCUGCGGACGAAAAGCGUGCGCUGGCCAUGUUCAGCAAGGAGGAGCGAAAGAAGCACGAGCACAAAGUCCUGACGCAAUUCAAGGAGAUGAUCAGCGCUAAAAAGAACAAGCAGAACUGAUAAAAAAAAACAUAUUAGACCAAUUACGCGACCCAAUUGAAUAUAAUGAAA